AUAUGACGUUUUCACCAAGUCGGUAUCUUUAUAAACCGGAUACCCACAAUUCCUUUUCCUCUUCCCUGUCGGAUUCGCCGCCAUGAAGGUCGACUUGUGCAGUUUCAGCGGGUACAAAAUCUAUCCCGGCCAUGGCCGGCGAUAUGCCAGAAUCGACGGAAAGGUGUUCCAGUUCUUGAACGCCAAGUGUGAGUCUGCUUUCCUGACAAAAAGGAACCCCAGGCAGAUCAGCUGGACCGUUCUGUACAGGCGCAAGUACAAGAAGGGCCUGUCUGAAGAGGCAUCGAAAAAACGCACCCGCCGUGCUGUCAAGUUCCAGAGGGCCAUCACUGGUGCCUCUCUGGCUGAGAUCCUGGCCAAGAGGAACCAGAAACCUGAGGUCCGCAAGGCCCAGCGGGAGCAAGCCAUCAGGGCUGCCAAGGAAGCCAAGAAGGCAAAGCAGGCCACCAAGAAAGUCCCUGCCCAGAGUACUAAGGCCCCUUCUAAGGCUGCACCCAAACAGAAGAUCGCUAAGCCCAUGAAGGUCAGCGCUCCUCGUGUUGGUGGCAAGCGCUAAUUGUUUUCUGGUGUUUUGUGUACAAAUAAAAAUUGAUCACCA